AUGUUCACCGUCUGUAAGUCAUAUUUAUGUACAAGAGUAUUUUUGUUGGUCCAGGUAAGUGGUUUGUAUUUCUUUUUUUAUUUUUUGUUGACAUAUAUUUUGGUAUUAUUUCACCAGGUAUGUAUUGAGUCAUUUUUACGUACAAUAGUACUUUUGCAGGUCCAGGUAAGUGGUUUGUAUUUCUUUUUUUAUUUUUUGUUGACAUAUAUUUUGGUAUUAUUUCACCAGGUAUGUAUUGAGUCAUUUUUACGUACAAUAGUACUUUUGCAGGUCCAGGUAAGUGGUUUGUAUUUCUUUUUUUAUUUUUUGUUGACAUAUAUUUUGGUAUUAUUUCACCAGGUAUGUAUUGAGUCAUUUUUACGUACAAUAGUACUUUUGCAGGUCCAGGUAAGUGGUUUGUAUUUCUUUUUUUAUUUUUUGUUGACAUAUAUUUUGGUAUUAUUUCACCAGGUAUGUAUUGAGUCAUUUUUACGUACAAUAGUACUUUUGCAGGUCCAGGUAAGUGGUUUGUAUUUCUUUUUUUAUUUUUUGUUGACAUAUAUUUUGGUAUUAUUUCACCAGGUAUGUAUUGAGUCAUUUUUACGUACAAUAGUACUUUUGCAGGUCCAGGUAAGUGGUUUGUAUUUCUUUUUUUAUUUUUUGUUGACAUAUAUUUUGGUAUUAUUUCACCAGGUAUGUAUUGAGUCAUUUUUACGUACAAUAGUACUUUUGCAGGUCCAGGUAAGUGGUUUGUAUUUCUUUUUUUAUUUUUUGUUGACAUAUAUUUUGGUAUUAUUUCACCAGGUAUGUAUUGAGUCAUUUUUACGUACAAUAGUACUUUUGCAGGUCCAGGUAAGUGGUUUGUAUUUCUUUUUUUAUUUUUUGUUGACAUAUAUUUUGGUAUUAUUUCACCAGGUAUGUAUUGAGUCAUUUUUACGUACAAUAGUACUUUUGCAGGUCCAGGUAAGUGGUUUGUAUUUUGGGUAAGUAUUUCUUGUAGACAUAUGUUUGUAUAAAUUGUUUUUGUAAUUUGUUUCUUUUUAGAAAUCGGGUUGCUGAGCGACGGUGAUGUUGGGGGGGGAGGCACUGGCGUGUUAGGUAAGGGUUUGUCCUUUGCCCAGCUCUCCGGGUCAGAGGGGGGGACCCA